AUGCCAAAGGUAUCAAGCUCCCGCGCUGCUGCCGCGGCACGCAGACACAACCCUCUCGCUGAAGAUAUUACUUCCGCGGGGCACCUUCGGACACAGAGCAGCAAGAAAGGCAAAGGCAAAUCCGACGAAAACGAUGAGGAUGGCGAAAAUGGACAGCGUUUCGUCGAUGCGAAGAUGUCGCGCAAGAUUCUACAGAUUGGACAGGAAUUGGCCGACGAGGAUGCCGCUGAGGAACUCAAGAACUCAGCACGGCCCCAGUCGAAUGCAUUUGAAUUCGAUACCCGAUUCGAGGAUGAGGAGGAGGCUUUCUCCGACGACGAGGCGAAGUUUGAGGCCGACGAUUGGGUUGAUGAUGAAGUCGAGCAAGUUGAGGUCGAUCCCAAUGAUCUAGAUAUGUUCAACAAAUUCAUGCCUCACGAGGAGGACCCUAUAUUCCACCCCAAGGACCCCAGCUCUGCUGGCCCCACCAACCUUGCCGAUUUGAUUCUCGAGAAGAUUGCCGAGCACGAGGCGAAGCAGGCUGGCGAGGGCCCAUAUGGUCAAUACAUCCAAGGUGGUGGUAUCCCCGAGGAUGCAGUCCAGGUUCCUGCCAAGGCCGUGGAAGUAUAUGAGAAGGUUGGCAUGAUUCUUUCUCGCUACAAGUCAGGCCCGCUCCCCAAGCCUAUCAAGAUCCUUCCCUCUGUACCGAACUGGCAGACCCUUCUGGAUAUCACUCGCCCCGAGUCAUGGACCGGCAACGCCGUCUACGCUGUAACCCGUAUUUUCAUCUCGUCCAAGCCUCACGUUGCCCAGGAGUUUAUCAACACUGUGCUUUUGGAGCGCGUGCGCGAGGAAAUCCACGAAACCAAAAAGUUGAACGUCCACACCUACAAUGCGCUGCGCAAGGCCCUGUACAAGCCCGCAUGCUUCUUCAAGGGACUUUUGUUCCCGCUCGUGUCCACCGGCACCUGCACCCUGCGUGAAGCCCACAUUGUCUCUUCUGUGGUUGCCCGCGUCUCCGUUCCCGUGCUGCACUCCGCAGCCGCUCUGCUCCGCAUGUGUGAUCUGGCCGCGGAACAAUCGUUGACCUCUCUUGAAAGCACCGGUGCUGUCAACAUGUUCAUCCGCGUCUUCUUGGAGAAGAAGUACGCCCUGCCAUACAAGGUCAUUGACGCCCUGGUAUUCCACUUCAUGCGCUUCCGCGCCGUCGAUCCUUCGGAUGAUGCCAUGAACGACGGACCCUCAGGGCUCGGUUCCAAGGCAUACAAGUUGCCAGUUCUCUGGCACCAGUCCCUUUUGGUCUUUGCUCAGCGUUAUCGUAACGACAUCACUGAGGACCAGCGUGAAGCACUUCUCGAUUUGCUUCUCGUCCGUGGACACAAGGACAUUGGGCCUGAAGUGCGACGCGAACUGCUUGCUGGUCGAGGACGUGGUGUGGUGGUCCCUGACCCGGAGGCCCAGAAUGCUCUCGAUGCUGGCGACGACACGAUGGACGUCACCAUGUAG